AUGAGAAUUGCACAAUUAGCUGCGUUGUUUGCUUUGGUCAUAUUUGCUUUGGCAAAACACAUUGAACCUGAAGAAGUCGAAGUAAAUGACAUGCAACCAGAAGAUGUUGAAAAGGAUGAUGAAAAAAGGGCUUCAAAAGUUGCAAGUCCUCUCAUGGCAAAAGUUAGCGUAGCAACCCUGGACAGGACUCUUGGUUCAAUGAAGGAGAGUACUUUGCAAAACAACUUGCAAGUUGCAGCAAAUAAAUUUAAAGUUGAGGAAAAGGCGAGUGUUGCGAGACAUACCCUUACACUUGAUGCUCGUCCAUUAUUCUGGGUUCGUAGAUGGCGCUGCUUUUACUGUUACAAAGGGUGGUACAGUUGUCAUUGGAGAUGUCUAUUCUGCUACUACACAUAUGGCUAUGGCUAUUAUUGGAUGCCAUGGAACUGCAGUUACUGUUACGUAGAAGGUGUUAGCAAGUGGUAUUGGUGGAUGAAAACAUACAAUUGUUGGGGCAAUUGCUACUACAGGAGAUAUUAGACACAAUGAGAAAAGAUAUUUCGUAGAAACAGACAGCAAGAUAAUUCAUAUUGUUCAUGAUAUAAUGAAUGUCAUUGAAAUAAAGUCAUGAAAACAAA